AGAUUAGGACCAGACAUUUAAACUAUUCCCUAGGCUUGUCUUGUGUUGGUAACAGAAUUCACUGAGAAUGUCCCUUGUCAACUGAGAGGCGUGUCACGCUUUCAGUCUUCCUCUUGGAUUUCUAAUACAAAGAAUUUGAUGUGUCCAAUUCAACUGCUCUGUUUGUUUGAGCUGAUGUAGAGGAUUCAAGCAUAAUUAAUAUACGACAUUCGAAGAAAACUUGUUUAGACAUUUAUACUUUUUUUUUUAAUAGUAAAUACUACCACCUCCAUUAAAUAGACCAUUGUGUUAGCAAAUAAACAGCUGAUGCUAAGUUAGUUGUGUUAUCUUAAUUGGACUCACAUGUUUAGUUUCUAACCAUGUCACAGCAGAAGACUGACAUGGAAAGCAGCACAAGGUCAGCUGUUAAUAACAUUCAGUAUUCAUUUGUCUAUAACUGUUAGAUUUUAAAAUCCAAUUUGUUAAUGACAUAACCUCUGAUCAAUUGUAAGUUAAAAAAACAUGUUUAUCAGAUUGACAGGAGGAAUGAAUGGGAUGGGCUGGUGCAAUGGGAUACAUUAAAUAAAAUCUUCUCUAGUUAGAAACAAUAUUCUACAGUCAGAUACAAACUUCUAUAGUCAGAUACAAUCUUCUUUAAUCAGAUACAAUAUUCUAUCGUCAGAUACAAACUUCUAUCGUCAGAUACAAUCUUCUUUAAUCAGAUACAAUAUUCUAUAGUCAGAUACAAUCUUCUAUUGUCAGAUACAAUCUUCUUUAAUCAGAUACAAUAUUCUAUAGUCAGAUACAAUCUUCUAUUGUCAGAUACAAUCUUCUAUAUUCGGAUGAAAUCAUCUUUAGUCAGAGACAAUCUUCUGUAGUCAGAGUCAGUCUGAUUUAGUCAGAUACACUUUUAGUCAGAUACAAUCUUCUUUAGUCAGAUACACCUGUAGUCAGAUACAAUCUUCUAUCGUCAGAUACAAUUUUCUGUAGUCAGAUACAGACUCCUAUAGUAAAUUACAAUUCUCUACAGUCAGAUAGUUUUCAUUGUUUAAAAUAUAUUGUUUAAUGUUAAUUCCUUAGAAAUCCCAGCUCACCACCAAGUGAAAUGGGUAGAGAGAAGAAGAGCUUCAGUGUGGUCAAGUACCUGUUCUUUGGCUUUAAUAUUUUUGUGUGGGUAAGUGUAACCAUUUAACUUGAGAGUAGAACAGUAGCACAUUUCAAUCGGAGUACCAGAAGCUUAACACAGCGUAUGCAGAUUCUAUAUACUUGAUACAGCUUAAACAAAAAAGCAAAACUAUAUACUCUUCUGGGCCUGUUAAUAGAAUAAUAAACACUUUGGUGGAACCAGUUCUGAUUCUUGUAAAAAUAUUUUUAAAAAUAUCCAAUUUAACCUUCUCAUUUCAUUUGCCCCCUCUAGCUCCUAGGCUGUGGCGUCCUGGCAGUGGCCAUUUGGCUGUGGUCAUCUCGAGGUCCUAGCACAUCAGUCAUCCCAACACAUGCCUUCUUGAGUGCUUCCUCCCUGUGCAUCAUCUCUAGUAUCAUUAUUCUGGUCAUUGGAUUCAUGGGCUGCUGUGGAGCAUUCUUAGAGAAUCAGUGUCUUCUUAUAGGGGUAAGUUGGUUAGUGUCUGGUUAUAAGGGUAAGUUGGUUAUUGUCUUGUUAUAGGGGUAAUUUUGUAAGUUGGUUAUUGUCUUGUUAUAGGGGUAAUUUUGUAAGUUGGUUAGUGUCUUGUUAUAAGGGUAAGUAGGUUAGUGUCUUGUUAUAAGAGUAAGUAGGUUAGUGUUUGAUUAUAGUGGUAAGUUGUUGGUUAGUUGGUUAAUGUCUGAUUAUAAUUGUCAGUCAGACAGUUGUACUAAAUUUCAGUAAUAUGUAAGCCUAAAAUAAUAUAUUUAAUUAUUUAUCAGUUGAGCACAAAUAAAAUGUCAGAAAAUAAAUGAUGAACAAUUAAAUCUUGAUUUGCUUUGAAAAUGAAUCAUGUUAUUCAGUAAGUCCUACUCAAAAUGUGGGGUAAUAAAUCUGGCGUGAAAUGCACAUGAUCUGUGCUACCAAUAUAACAAAUAAUGUUUUUUUCUUCUUCUUCCCAGUAUUUUAUCUUAGUUUUGCUGGUGUUUGCUUUAGAGAUAACUGCUGGCUCCUUGGGAUUUGUUAUGAAAGACAAGGUAAUUAUAUAGAUCAAUAACUUGGCCACUUGGUUAGUCUCAUGAUAUAUUCACAGUUGACCCUGUCAUACAUGACAUAUGUACAGUUGACCAUGUCAUAAAUGACAUGUACAGUUGACCAUUUCAUACAUGACAUGUACAGUUGACCCUGUCAUACAUGACAUAUGUACAGUUAACCCUGUCAUACAUGACAUAUGUACAUUUUAUCAAAGCUAUAUAGCUGUGAGGUUACAGGACUUGAAACUUAUCAGGAGCAGAAUUUAUUCAUUGUCAUCCUGCUUCCAUGUCACAACAGGCGACCAGAAGUAGGUCUUCCAUUGGGUGUAGGAACCAAUUUCUGUAAAAACUCAAAUAAAUAAUCAUUUGCUACCAACAUUAGUCACAAUCGACAAAAGUCACAAUCAACAUAAGUCACAUUCAAGUUACAAUCAACGUAAGUCACAAUCAACAUAAGUUACAAUCAACAUACCUAUUAUGGAAAGUUAAAAAAAAAAUCACCAAUUUUAAUCUGUUAAGUCAUGCAUGUAAGACAGUUCACAUCAUCAUUUAAAUAUAAUAUAGUAAGAGAUUCAGUAGAGGUGCCUACUGUAUGCAGUUCUUUUUCUUCUGGUUAUUGAUUGGAUCAUUAGAAACACAACAACAGGGCAAAGACUCAGGUACAGUAGUCACCUUUCAGGAAACUUAUAAGAUUUGUACAGUCCAGAUUACCUUGCACACCAUUCUCAGAACUACACCACAAUGCUAAUCAAAACAUCUGACAGCUUACAAGAGCUGAUUAAAUGCAAUUGUGGAGAACAAAAAUCAUUAACACGAAUACAGCUAACACUUGCAGUGGUCCAGUAUACCUGGAGAAAUACCACUUGAAGAAGUAAAUUCAUUCACAUAUCUCGUAAACAUCAUUAGUGAUGGCACACAAAAGAAUACUUCAUCAGUAAUUUUUUGAUCCCUCCCAUUCAAACAAUGGCAUUAUUAGAUGUGUUAUCGACCUAUUACAUUAAGCAUUGGCAGAUUUGAAUUAUCUUUUAACAGCUUAGCUGAAAUUAGAAAUGAGUUAUUUUACAACUUGGUCCAAAGACAUGUUUGUCUCAAGAAAAGAGGUAAUUGUUUCAUGUUUGUUGGGUCAUUUCUAUUGGAUAAAAUUUUAAAUAUCAUAAUUGUGACAUUACUUUAAGAACAUUGAAACUUUGAAAUAAUGUCCUUGUCUGGUGGUGUUAAAACAAAAAUGUUGCUGUACAUCAAGUAAUUUUAUUCAGGUCUCUUACAAAAACGUUUAAGAACAUUUCAAAUUAUAACACACACAGGUCAGAGGUGUUAUCCACAGUGAGUUGUCUGGUGGGAUACGCUAUGAUUACAGGACAGAGGUUCAGAUUGAGCACCAGUCUAAGAAUAGCUCCCUGUACGACAAGGACUCUAAAGGCUGGUCCACAUCUUUAGAUGCCCUCCAACGAGAUGUAAGUUGGAAUCUUGUUAAACCUUACACCGAAUUAUCAGUUUGAAUAUCAAAAGAAGGAAUAACUGUAACCAAUGUAGCUUACAAUAUUAGGUCAGUCUGUCUCUGUAUGUUUACCUGCGAUAAUUGUUUUGACCGUGUUCGAUUUCAAUGAUGACCAGCUGCAGUGUUGUGGAGUGGACAACCACACAGACUGGUACAACAUUCAGGCCUGGCCUGAUGAACAGAAGGUGCCCGAGUCUUGUUGUGUUGUGCCAUCGACCCAGUGUGGAUAUGGAGAUGUUUCUCAGUGGUAUCAGAGGGUACGUUUGCAUCUAUGAUAUUGUAGUCGUUUGACUUUGUAUCAAAGGGUAUGUUUGCACCUAUUGUAGUAGUGUCUCAAAGGGGAUACCUAUGUUUGCACCUGUAGUAGUUGAGAUGUACAUAAAGUGGACACUUCAUUUUGUUUAAAAACUUUGCCUGGAAGAUGUAAUAAACAAUAAAUUUUAAUAGAUUUGUAUUUUCAAUAACAACAAUUGUGAAAAAAAAAGUGGUUUGUAACAUUACAUAUGAUUUCUUUUAUAUCCAAAAUAAAAUAUAAUAUAAGGAAUUUGGAAACUGUUCCCAAAGCCAUAGUCACGGUUGAUACAAUUUUCCAUAGGGUUGCCUUGAAGAGAUGGAGUAUUGGUUUACCAAGAACAUGUACAUUCUUGGUGUUACAGGCAUAACUAUUGGCUCUAUCCAGGUAAUUUUGAUAUAAUUAGAGUUGGAAUAAUCAUUGGGUGUGUGCAGGUAACGUUGAAAUGGCUAGAGUUAAUGACAUUUCUAGGGGUAAUGUUGGACAAUACAGAGCUUAUGUCAACAUAGCUAGUAGUUAUGUUGACAUAGCAAGAUGUAAUGUUGGCUUGGGUAGAGGUCAUGUUUAUCUGGUUUGUUUAGAUACAUUAAUUAAUAUUGUAUAGCAGUAUCAAAUGUUUGAAUGUGGGUCAUAAAUAUUAAAAAAAAAAAAAUAUCUGAUAUAUUUAGUUUGAAUAAAUAAGUAAACUUUUUAGUUGUCAAAUUUUCUCAUUUCUGUUUUUUUAAAAAUAAACAGCACUGCCACAUGGUACAAUAAGAAAGCCUUUCUGUUUAAUUUUGUUAUGCAGUCAAACCAUUUAGACAUAUUUUUGAAAAGAAUCUUAAAAAAUUCCAGAUUCUGGCGAUGGUGGCAGCCAUAGCACAGUUUUGCUACAUCCGUAGUAAGAGAUUUCCGUUGUAACUGAGCCGUCAGCCAUUAAUUUUCUUAGAAGGACUCUCCAGUGUUUAGAGGUCAAGACUGCAUUUACCAAAUGAAUGUAGGACAUUCCUAGUCCCUAUACACAACUCUACACAAGCUGCUGUUUUAUCAAAACUCUCAAAGUCCUCAGACUACUGUGCUGAUGGAAUUUGGACAUGGGCAUUUAUAUUUGAAAUGUAUUAUUGUUGAUUUUAAUUUAUGUAUGUGUUAAGCAUACUAUUAUUGAGAUGACUGUUUCUGUUUUGAUGUAUAUAGUUGUUUUCAUGGAUUUUUUAUAUAGAGAUAAAUGUGUCUGUUCAUUUUUAUAGAUGUGAUUGUGUCUGUCGUGAGGUAUACAAAUAUUGAAAUGAUUGCUGGCAUGGAUAUAAUUAUUGAAACAAUGGAUUUAAUGGAUAUUAUUAUAGUUUAGAGAUGAUUGUAUCUGUUGUAAUGGAUAUUAUUAUUGAUAUGAUCAUCAGUUGUUGAUAAUUAACACUAUUAACACUAAAAUUUAUGUUAUCUUACCACGAGUUGUCAAAACAACUGAACGUUUCUAAUGCCAUCAUGAUCUUAAGCCCCAUUUUGAAAUCAUAUCUUUCUGACAUGAAGGUUGAACCUAACUUUGUAUAUUGAGAUAUACAAUCAUAAACCGUGACAACCAGGCUAAAUAUGAGAAUGAAACAAGUAUACAAGUACAUGAAUUAUUUGAAAGUUUUUGAAAUAUUCUGCUGCUGAAUUUCUAAUUUUUAUGUGAGAAUGUUGUAUUAUAAAGCUAUUUUAUAUUUUAACUCCACAGCAUCCAAUAUUUCCUUUAUUCAUACACUCCAACCUCUGGGAGUUGAAACCCUGUACAAAAGCUUCCAAAACUUCUGUACAAUAAUUUAAAACCCUGUACACAAAAAAUUAAAAUCUAGAAUAAUUGCGACAGCAGUAAUUAUUUUUAUUGGUGUAAAUAUCAGUUAUACUUUUACAUACUAGCAGUAAUUUCCCCUAGCAAUCCCUACUUAACAGGUGUUAAUUUAUUUCAUUGUAAAGUAGAUGUCAUUGUGUCACCAUUUUGUCUGUUUCUACUUUCAGUUUGUUUAUUUAUGUGUGGGUUGAUCAUUCCAUCUGCAUUGCUGUGAGGCAAGGUUAAGUUGGUAUAUUACAGUACUGAGAUGGAAAAUGAAAUCUUGCCAGUUUUUUCAAGUUUUGAUGCCCCAAUAAUCCCUAGGAAUUUUGUGACCUCGUCAGUUUAGAAAUAAGUUGAACUAUUUAAUUUUAGUUAACUACAACUGUUUAAUAGCUUUCAUCCAGCUGGAUAGAAUAAUUACUAUAAAACUGGUUUAUAUAAAAUCCUUACAGAUUGGCAUGCAAAUUUGAAAUUUAUAUGUUUUGAUAAUUGAAUUAAUCUGAAAGUUUUGCCAUAGCGAAUAUUAAAAAUUUUAUUAGAUCGCCAAACUCCAUUUUUCUAUUGAUUUAUUUAAUUUGAAUUUUAUAAAAAUAUCUAAAUUGAAAGUUUUUUAUGUUGAUGUAUUUAUAAGCUGUUGAAAGUGCAAAUGUACUAAAAGUUAAUUCAAAUUUCUUAUUUAAGUAAGAUUGUUAUGAAAUUUUUUUAAAUAACGAAUUAUUAUGAAACAAAUUGUUGCAGCAUUUAAAAUGACGAAUAUUUUUACUGGUUUUCUGGUGGAAUAUAAUUUGGGCACGUCGCACAGUUGGCUGGAAUUUACUGUGAAGAUUUGUAAUGGUCAACAAGUGUAUUUUAAACUUAUUUUUUUUAAUGGUAUGCAUUUUUUAAAGUCAGAAUUUUAUACAGUUUUAGUAGUCACUAACUUGAUUGAUUUGCCUGUUUGUACCCAAAGGAGCCUGUUACUUAUUAAAAAUCAAUUUUAAAUCAUAUUUGUUGUCAAGAAAAGUCAAAACGAUAAAUUUAUAUUGAUAACCUCAGCCAACAAUUUUAAGCAGGAUGAAUGUACUUGAUGUGUACAGUUUGUCUCUUGAUGAGCACACGUUGUUCCAUGAUGUGAACACAUUGGUUCAUAAUGUCCACCCAUUGUUUCAUGAUAUCCUCUCAUUGGUUCAGGAAGUAUUAAUAUUGAAUGGUUGUGACUGGACUGAUUAUUUCCUCUAUACUAAUUUGAUAUGUGAUGUACAUUAAAAAUGGCAUUUUUGUUAAAUAUUAUCUACAUUUCUAGAUCCACAUUUCCAGAUCCACAUUUGUAGUUCAACAUCCACAUUAUUAGUAUCAUGGCUACUUUUGUAUAUUUGCUGCAGGAAGAUCUUAUUGUCAGCUUUUUCCACUUGAUAUUUUUUAACUUUUCAUUUUCCAUGAACAUACGAUUCGUUUAUUUGAUUGGCACAGUAAAAAAAAAAAAAAAAAUUACAAUGAUCUUGAAUAUUCCAUUGAAAUCUGAAAGGGCAUCAAGUCUAAUCAGAAACAGUUGAUCACACCCUGAAUGUUUAGACUCAGGUGUGAAGUGAUCAAAUUCAACCUUCAAAAUGUCCAUGGUUGGCUGUUGGAAACAUCUGACAAUUUGUAAGGCUAAAAAAUUCUCCAUCAGAAGCCUUUAAAACAACAACGCUAUUCCAUCUUUUUCUGAUGAGGACACACUAAUGAACAAAAUAAAUUACUGUUGCCUCACCUCAUUCUAUGUCUUAUUUUGUGUCAUAGAUUUAAAGUUAGACUAGUUAAGAGAUGUUCCAGUAAAGAGAGUGAAACAAUGCUGUCUUUUUUGCACACAUGCUUUUUGUCAUCUUAUUUCUGGGUAAUGGGUGGCACGACUGUCACAUCAGGUAUGCAGAUAAGGAAGCUUCACCACUGGCUCUUGGAGAUUGAUGGAAGCUGAUGAUAUAUUUCAGAUAUCAAAUAGCCUUGCCCUCAUUUAGUACAUCAGAAAUUGUAGAAUUUAAGAGAAACGUUCACAUUAGUCCUUUUGUUCAUAUUAUUCAGGGAUUCUUAACCUGUGUUUCAUGAGAUGGUAAAAAAGGUGUCAGGGUGAACUGCAUUUCCUUUUGUAAUUUGAUUAAAUGCAUUUAAAAACUUUAUUUUUAGAAAGGGUCUGUUGCCUUCAAUUGACUGGCCAACAGGUCCAUACAAAAUAAUUUGACAUUUAUCUUCUUAACCUGCUCUAUAUCAUUCCUCCAUUGGGCAAUGUGUCAACAAUUUUUGAGAGACUUAUCUUAAAUGAAAUGUAAUUUCUGGAUGAGAAAUUUUCUCUUACCAGUUAAGUUUUAGUUGAAGUAUUUUUAGUAGAGAAUUUUGGGUGUGGAGCAGACGAGGGAUAAAUAUAAUUAAUUAUUAUUUUUGUGCCUUAGUUCAGCGUUUCAUG